CGCGGGCCUCGCAGUGCGCCGCAGGCUCCCGCAGUGGAGGAGAGGGAGGUCCAGGAGGCCCCUGACGGAGCCGCGGCUCCAGCGCUGCUGUGGGCUAUGAUGAUGUCAGACAUUGCUAAAGACAGAAUGGCUCAUUCUGUGAAGAAAAGGGGAAGUAUGUCUUCUCUAAGUGGUCAAGAAUUCUGGCAGAAAGAACUUCACAGGUGCACCAAAAACUCCAUGAGUACUGUGUCUUAUAUGGAUGAACCUAGCCAGCGGGAUGAUGCUUCUUGCCUUACAGUUCAGAUGGAAAACACCUAUCAACUAGGUCCUACCAAACAUUUUCCUGUGGUCAUUGUCAAUCACAUUUUGAAAGAUGUGUUAACUAAGUAUCUACAAGAAGAACAGUAUGAGCCAGAGCUCUGUAGACAGAUGACUAAAACAAUUUCUGAGGUUAUUAAAGCCCAGGUCAAGGACCUGAUGAUUCCACGGUAUAAGCUAAUUGUGAUUGUUCACAUUGGACAACUGAAUAGUCAGAACAUUUUUAUUGGAAGCAGAUGCCUCUGGGAUCCUAAAAGUGAUACCUUUUCAUCUUAUGUUUUCAGAAAUUCUUCUCUCUUUGCGCUUGCAAGUGUCUAUGCUGUUUACUUUGAGUGAUUGAAAAUAAGAAAUGUAGUUCUUACUUUUUUAAAUCACAAAAUAAGCUGUAUCUAUGUACACAAAAGCUUCACUGCUCAAAGGUUUGAGAAACAACAGUAAUAUUUCAAACAACUGGCAUUUUUGGACUUUUUCAUGCUCUGCUAAGAACUGAGGGAGGGAAGUGUGGUGCAAGAAAAACUCUUGUUUAUCCAAAAGAAGAACUAAGUUUUGGUUCCACUGGAUCAUUUUUCAUAGACGUGGAUUCUUUUUUAAUAUUACUUUGGUACUAAUUACUUUAAUUACUCUUUAAAUAGACAGUUAAAAUUUCCUGCAUUGUUUUUUAAUGAAGACAAGUUUAAAAAAUAUGGCUGUAUACCCUGACCAAUAAACGACAGAAGAAUAUUCAACAUGGUAUACACAAAUGAUAAAUGUUAAUGUGUCUCAAUGCUGCAUGUAAAAGAAUACUGGUUUUCAUUUUGUACUUAAUAAAUUGAGCAGCAUUCAUUAACUGCAAUUAUUGUUACAUGUACCUGACAGUUGAAACUGCUGAGGUAGAAUUAAUGAUUUCAUAACAAUUACUGUUGUCCCACAGGGCUGCUCGCUAAAAUUGGAAGCUCUUGUGGGUUGCCUGCACUUUACAAAAUUGUGGGAGAGCUGAAUGUUGGCUCUUCAAUAAUGGAAACUGUAAAGUGAACAAAGGCUUUUUAGGGCACUGAAGUAGACCUCGUCGUAUUAAAUAUACAUGAUGUUUAAUAGUAAAUGUAUCUGUAACACUUAAAAUCAUGUAUUGGAAAGAGACACUGCUUUUAAAUAUACACUGCCUGAUGUGCCUUUGAAUUGAUUUUCCUGGGCUAACAAACUUUUACACAAAAUAUAUAGCUGGUAGCUUAACAAAUAAAACAUGUGUAUUUAC